AUGGCCACCUAUCUCUCAGAGACGACCAAGCUCCUGGACAAUAUCCGUCCAGAGUCUUUCCAGUCAGACGCAGACCGGUAUGAGGCCAAGGAGGCUGCCCGGAGGCUUCUCGCCCGCCUGGAGACGCCCUUUGAGCGGGGGUGGGCUCUCACCUCGGAGGCCUCGGUGCUUGUGUCUGGUCUGAUAGUCUUCCACGACCUUGAGAUAUGGUCCAAGUGGGUUGAGCUCAACAAGAGCCGUGGCCCGAUUCCACUAUCUACCGACCAAAUCGUCGAGAUGUGCAGUGCUCCAGCCGAGCCUAAUCUCCUCCGGCGAUUCCUGAGGCACUUCGCCGCCCUUCAUGUGCUUGAAGAGACCGCGGUGGAUGAGUGGAAGCCGACGUCUUUCAGCCUCGCCAUGGGUGACGAGUCGACGUACACUAAUCAGCUGGUGCGAAGCGGCUUCAGCCACCUCCACCCCUGUGGCGUCAACCUGCCCUCGUUCCUGGAAAAGAACCAGUAUAGGGAGCCCCUGGACCCCAAGAAGUUCGACAACCAUGUCGAUACAUUCGGUUGCGUCUUCUUUGACUAUUUACAGGAAAACCACGCCGCGGGCUCGAACUUCUUCGGCUCGAUGGUUGCUAUGGGAGACCACAAGAUGGACUGGACAGAGGUGUACGACACAACAGGCCUGGUUCAAGGCGCCGAUCUCACUGGGAAAACACCGCUAUUCGUCGACAUCGGCGGCGCAAAUGGCCUGGACACAGCCCGCCUGCUCUCCAGACAUCCAGACCUCCCCGAGGACGUAGGACUCGUCGUGCAGGACCUGCCGGAGGUGACCAACACGCACGGGGCCAAGGAGAAGCUCGACCCGCGCAUCACGAGGAUGGAGCACGACUUCUUCAAGCCCCAGCCCCUGGGCGGCGCCCGGGCCUACUUCUUCCACGCCGUGUCCCACGACUGGCCGGACGAGGACUGCGCCCGCAUCUUUGAGAACGUGAAGGGGGCUAUGAAGAGGGGCUACUCGAAGCUGCUCAUCUACGAGAUUGUCUUGCCGGCCAGGGGCGCCACGAGCCUCAUGACUUCCCUGGACUUGCAAAUGAUGAAUGUCCUGUCUGCCUUGGAAAGGACAGAGGAGCGCUGGGAGAGCUUAUUGGAAGGCUGUGGCCUGAGGAUUGCGGGUAUCUCGAGGCACCCGAUGGCGGUUGAAAGUGUUAUUGAGGCCGAAUUGCCGUGA